AUGAGCAUCUCCAUCCCGGAGGGGCUGACGGAGCUGCUGCAGGGCUUCACCGUGGAGGUGCUGCGGCACCAGCCGGGGGACCUGCUCGACUUCGCCCUGCAGCACUUCGGGCGCCUCAAGGCGGCCGCGGCGGAGCGAGCCGGCGCCGGGCGGGAGGAGGACGAGGACGAGGCGGGCGGCCGCCCCAACGCCGCCUCGCCCGGCCCGGCCCGCGGCGGCCUCGCGCAGCUCCGCCGGGCGCCCUCCGAGUGCCGCGGCGUCAACUUCGCCGAGGAGCCCGAGAGCGGCGAAGGGGAGGACGACGACGACGACGACGAGGCGGAGUUCGCCGCUCCAGUGAUAAACCGAUUCACGCGGCGAGCAUCAGUUUGUGCAGAAGCUUACAAUCCUGAUGAAGAGGAAGAUGACACUGAAUCAAGGAUUAUUCACCCCAAAACAGAUGAUCAAAGAAACAGACUUCAAGAAGCCUGCAAAGACAUUCUUCUGUUUAAGAACCUAGAUCCGGAGCAGAUGUCUCAGGUGUUAGAUGCCAUGUUUGAAAAGCUGGUUGAAGGAGGGGAGCAUGUUAUUGAUCAAGGUGAUGAUGGCGACAACUUCUAUGUAAUUGAUCGAGGGACAUACGAUAUCUAUGUGAAAUCUGAUGGUGUUGGAAGGUGUGUUGGCACCUAUGAUAACCGUGGCAGCUUUGGUGAAUUAGCUUUAAUGUACAAUACAUCCAGAGCAGCUACAAUCAUUGCUACCUCUCCUGGUGCUGUGUGGGGUUUGGACAGAGUAACGUUUCGGAGAAUCAUUGUGAAAAAUAAUGCCAAAAAGAGGAGAAUGUACGAAAAUUUUAUUGAGUCAUUGCCCUUUCUUAAAUCUUUAGAACUUUCUGAACGAUUGAAAGUGGUGGAUGUGAUAGACACCAAAGUAUACAAAGACGGAGAACAAAUCAUUGCUCAGGGAGACAUGGCCCACUGUUUCUUUAUUGUUGAAUCUGGAGAAGUACAGAUUACAAUGAAAAGAAAGGGUAAACAGGAUGUGGAUGAAAAUGAAGCUGUUGAAAUUGCUCGGUACACAAGAGGACAGUAUUUCGGUGAACUUGCUCUUGUAACUAACAAACCUCGAGCUGCCUCAGCAUUUGCACUUGGCACAGUCAAGUGUUUAGUUAUGGACGUACAAGCAUUUGAAAGGCUUUUGGGACCUUGUAUGGAAAUUAUGAAAAGGAACAUUGCGAAUUAUGAAGAACAACUAGUUGCUCUGUUCGGAACAAACAUGGACAUUUCUGAUCCCAGCGCAUGAACUAAAGUACGAAGCCACAAGACCUGUUUCGAGAAAUAGCACGGUAGUGGUUAGUCCACUGAAAAUGUGUCUAUCUUCCUGUAGAUGCUAAGCAUUUUUUUUCUGUGAUUUUACAGGGGAUUGGGUUUCUUUAGAUUUUUUUAAAAACUUUUUUUUUGCCUUUUCUACACAUUGAUUAAGAUGGCUCAUUAAACGGAGUAGAGGCGGCAUCUUACCUUUGGCCUGGUCUUGCAGGAAGAGUUCCACCCACCUCUCAGUUUUUAGGCACUGUCCUCACAAUCAGUCCUGUUGGCCUUACUGGAAUUCAGUGGGAAUUACAGUGCGGAAACAGUUUUAGGAUUACCAUCCCUCAGCAGCCUCUUUAAAAAACCUCUUAAAAUCAGGUAUUUUUAUAAUCCAUUUGUUUUUAAUUAAGUCCAUGGCUGCAAUGCAAAUAGUGUGUAUACUCUGGGGUGUCUUAUUUUCCCUCCCUGGACCAUGAGUCUUUUCAGCCUACAAAAAGGCCAUUCCUGAAUUUCCCUCUUGUCUUAGUUUGGUGGUAUGUUACAGGGACUGCUUGCUUUCAGAAAGUGGGCCCUACAUCAUAUGACUAUCUCAGUACUUUGAGCUGCAGUCUGUAUGUUGAUAGAAGAAGUCCAUAUUUGAUAAAGUAGCCAUGGGUUAUUGUAAAAAAAAUUACUGGAGGUAAAAACUGAUGGAUUGUUUGUCACUAUGAUAUAAAUAAGAUCGUGGUUUUGUUUGUAUUUUCAAAUAAAUAUGAAAUUGUCAGUUCACCCCAUUAUAAAGGAUAUACUUAGUUUUCUGGCUGCUGGAAUACGUAUGAUUUAAAAGUUGUAUUGAAAAAUUCCUCAUGACAUCAAACGUCUUCAUGGCCUUGUAUUCUUAGUAAACUUUAUGACCAAUCUAAUCUUAACCUUUCCAGUUUUGUUUAUAAAUUCUGCUUAAUAAGACAUCAGAUUCCAUUUAUGUCUGUAAAAAAGGUACCAUAAUGUUUUAUGAAAAGUGAAAAGUUCAUAUUUUUUGCAAUACUUUUUAAAAAGCCCUACAUUUUUUGUAUGUUUUGUGUUUUGGUUUCUUAAACUUAUUUCAGAUGCUCAUUGGUUAGAAGGAUUCAAAGAAAAGUAACUUUAGACAGGCCUUUGUCACAUCCUAUGCUUCCAUAUAAUUCGUAUUGUCUUCAAAAUCACCUAUUCUGGUCUAAUCUAGGAUUACUUUUUGGGGGUGCUAUUUCAGAGAAAGAUGGAAUUACUUAAGUUUGGGGUGCCUAUGUCUCACGUGAUUUUUUUUCUAUUCUUUUUUUACCAUUUUUUAAAAAAAUAGUUUUAUCCUAUUUUGAUAAACAGUUUCCCCUAGUUUUACACCGAGUGAAUUAACAUGGUCCCCGUGCUCAUUUUGGCUGCAGUGAUGCAAAUGGUGACUUAUACCACUCCAGUUAAAGCCAGGUCUAAUCCCGCCAUGCAAUUCGUUGCCCACCCCUUAUUAUUAGAUGGUGCUGGCUUCUGACACACCGGAAAGACCAGCGGAAGUCGUGCACUAUGGAUGUACAUGGGCUGCAGAGGAAAAGUGUGCAUAGUAGCCACACCAUCUGGAUUUUAUUUUUGACCACUGAAAAUGGACCUCUCUUGCCAAAAUUUAACUGGUGUUAAUCCAGAAUCUUCAGGAGGAGAGCACUUCAGUUUUGGAACAGAGCGUUGCCUUCCUUGGGGAGGAUUUCAGGAAUAGAAAUGUCAGCGUUUAGCAUUUUAAAGACUUCCUGCGACAUAAAAUAUUUCAGUUUCAGCAGACAGGAUUAUUCCUUCUCUCUUGAACGAUUAAUGCGUAUGAAUGUUAGUGUAAUGAAAUAUCUAAGAGUUUGUGAUUGGUAGGCCUGAAGGUAUAAAAUUACA